UUCAAUAAAUUUGAUAUUUUUUCAAUAAAUUUAAAACACCAUGUAAAGAAUUGUUUGGACUUGGCAAAAGCAAGUAGGAACACAAGACACAGAGAAUCUCUAAUAUAAUAUUCAACUACAUCUAAAUUUCAAAGAGGAUUCCAUUUAUCUCAAUAGUUGGAGGGAGGUUGCUAUUAUUAUAAUCAUCCAGAAAACAAAUCUCCUCCAUACCCAAAUCCACAGAGCAACCACAUGACCGCACAACUUCCCAGAUUAUCUUCUUCUCUAUCUAUCAUCAUUCAACAUCUCUGAAUUUUUCUAUUAUUAUUUUGUUUAUAACGCUUGAUUUUUUUUUUUUUUUUUUUUUAGUUGACUCCAUUAAUAUCUAAAAUCAAAAUCCCAGAAAAAUAAAGAAUUUCACGUCUUUACGCAACAUUAUUAAACGUUUCAACAAAAGAUUCGUGUCAUAUGCAAGACAUCAACUUGUACUAAAACAGGGAUGCAAGUUUCUCGUUGAGCUCCCACAGACUUUUCUUUUGGGAUAUUAAUAAUCUCUCGAAUUGAUGAUCUCUUAAAGGGUCUGAUUAGAAUUCAAUUCUCUGAUCGGAAGCUUCCUCUGUUUCACUCUACAGAUUCAAAUCGUUGAGGCAAAAAAAUUGAAAAAACAGAGUUGAUGACGUCAUCCGUGAUUGUUGGAGAGGACGAAGAGGAUUCGUUCACGAAACCGCUUGGGAGAUUGUCUGUGUUUUACUAUGGAGUUGGGCAUAUGCUUAAUGACAUUACUGCUUCUUGUUGGUUCACUUACCUCCUCUUGUUCCUCACCCAGAUUGGUCUCUCCCCAAGGGAUGCUGCAAUCGUCAUGCUCUCUGGUCAAGUUGCUGAUGGCUUUGCCACUAUCUUCAUUGGUGAAUUGAUUGAUAGAUUUGGACAUUUCAAAAUCUGGCAUGCAGCAGGAUCCCUCUUAGUGGCUAUCUCGUUUUCUUCAGUGUUUGGUGGUUGUUUGCCUUGUUCAAUCCUCCAUAGCACCUCCUUAACGAUAGAAACAUUAUCAUACAGCACCUUUGCAGCUAUCUUUAACAUAGGAUGGGCAGCUACUCAGGUUUCCCACAUGGCUAUGGUUAAUUGCAUUACACUGAACUCAACAAGCAGAGUAGCACUAACAAGCUCCCGUAACGCCUUUAGCAUGGUUGCGAACUUAGGCUUAUACGCAAUUGCUUUAGUUGUAUUCGGUGUUAGCAAAGCUGAUACUAAAGAAAACACCGAGUCACAGUAUCGUUGGAUUGCUUAUUCAUGCAUCACCGUUGGUUGCUGCUUUGUGAUCAUAUUCCUUAUGGGGACAAAGGAGCCACGGCUGAGGAUAAAUCUAAGAGAAAGUAACCGAACGAGAAUACCAUGGGCUUACUGGUUCAAGAAAAUUCUAUAUUAUCAAGUCGCUGUGGUUUACCUCCUCACACGACUAGUUCUGAAUGUUUCACAGGCAUAUCUUGCAUUCUUUGUUAUUGAUGAUCUUCAAAUGGCUCAAUCCGCUAAAGCUCUCAUUCCUGCAAUAAUCUACAUCUGCAGCUUCGUUGUGUCGGUUAUGCUCCAGGAGAUUCCAUGGAAUGGGAAACGUCUCAAGGCCUAUUACUGUGCUGGUGGUAUUAUUUGGAUGUUCUGUGGUGUAUCCAUCCUCUUAUUACCUAGAAGCAUUAACUCAUUCAUGUAUGCCAUCUCUGUCUUUAUCGGUAUCGCAAAUGCAUUGAUUCUGGUGACAGCAAUUAGUAUGCAGAGUGUGUUGAUUGGUUCAGAGCUAGGUGGAUGUGCUUUUGUCUGUGGGUCUUUAAGCUUCUUAGAUAAAAUGUCAUGUGGGCUUGCUUUGUAUGUUCUUCAGUCACACCAAAGCGCCACUUCACCACAAGUUGAUGUAAACAUACAACAUAGUUUUAACUUCUCGGUGACGAGAUAUGGAUUAGGACUUGUCCCAGCUGUAUGCUCUUUUAUUGGAGUCGUUGUCACGUAUUUUAUGGAGCUAGACAGCACAAUACUGAAGCCUCUGUGUCAACCGUUGCUUCUCGAGUGAAAGUCUGCAGCAUUCUUCGUUUGGUAAGAUAAUUUACACAAAGUGGGGAUGUGAGUUUAACAGUGUUUAUAUGUUCAGUCUGCUGAUUUGUUUAUGUUCAUAAGGGUAUAAGUUUAUAGAUCACAGUGAGAAAGAAAGCAUUUGUUGUACAAGAAUUACUUUAUGGAAAAAUUAAUGCAAGUUGAUUCUUUUU